GCUGCACAUGCGACCCCGCCAAGUCCCUCUCCGACGCGUCUGAGCCUCUGCGCUCGCACAACGUCCCACCCUAGCCUUCGCGCGGCAUGGCCAGUCCCGCACAGAUACCUCAGAUACCGCCAGGCGCGAUAAAGCUCGAUGAUACCCUCGGCGCGGCGUUUCUCGGCCACUUCGUCACUACUCUGCUCUAUGGCAUCACUACGCUCCAGGCGUUCAUGUACUACAGGAGGAACCAGAAGGACAGCAGGGCCUUGAAACUCUCGGUAGCAGUUAUCUGGAUUCUUGACAGCCUCCAUGCAGGCCUCAUUACAGGCGCGAUGUACUGGUAUUGCAUCACGAGCUUCACCAACUUGCGCGCGGUGCAACGGCCAAUCUGGCCGAUACCGACUAUGAUUAUUGUCUCGAACGCCAGUAACUCGAUAGUACGCGCAAUCUUCGGAUACCGCCUAUGGAAAUUAAGCAACCAUAGGCCAAUCGUGCCGGCGGUCAUCGCUUUCUUUUCCGUCUUCAUCCUCGUGGAUGCCACCUACUUCGCUGUCAAACUAUAUCGCAUUCCGCUGUACAGCGACAUCAGCCUUUUCUCCUGGAGCCUGUAUCUUGGUCUGUCCGUGGAAGCGACAGUUGACCUGAUCGUGGCGGUCGCGCAGUGCCUCCUGCUCAAGGGCUUCGAGACCGGCAUCCGGAGGACGGAUUUGGUGAUCAGGGUGCUCAUCACCUACACGAUCAACACCGGGGUGCUCACGAGUUUGUGCGCCAUCGGGGCCCUCGUCGCGUACGCAGCGGACCCGACCAAGUUCAUCUACUUCGCCUUCUACUUCGUCCUCAGCAAGCUGUACGUCAACUCCCUGCUCGCGACCCUAAACGCGCGCGGGUCGCUGCUCGGCGGACGCACGCGGCGCCCCGUCGUGAGCAAGAUCGCGUUCCGCACGCCGACGCUCUCGACGGACCCGACGAGCUCGUACGACCCCGCCUCGCGCGCCGAGGCCGGCGGGAACAACAUCGAGUUUACGACGGUGAUCUCAGGGAGCACGCCGUCGGGGCUGGGGGACGAGACCGUGCAGAGCGUGAAGGACAAGCAGUCGUUCCCAUAGCGCUCCGGCUCCGUCCCGCCCCGCUCCCCGUGUUCGCCUUCGCGUUCCGACUUCUCGCGCUGAGCCGGGUGCCGCGCCCUGCCAUAUCUUGCCUUACCCGCCCCGCCCGCUGUAAUGUCUCGUUUGCUUGGAUGGAUAGAUGGAUGGUUGGAUGGACGGGCGCGCGGGCAAAUGGAAGAACUUGAAGUACCUUUACUGCAGUGUUUCGCCUAAUUUCUGGUCUGCUUGUAUCGCGAUGCGUAUGUUGAUGUAUUAUACGGACCUCCGGUGUUGGCUUUCGAACCCUG